AUGACGGUAUAGACGGUAUAGUAUGAACUACUAUGAAAAACUUACAUAUACCGGACAUGUUCAUUAGAUGAUAAGAGGCUAAGAGCAGUGUUUUAGUAUUCAUGUUCCAUACGUAGUAUGUGUGAUAUUCUAAAGUAUCUUAUCUAGCUUAAUUAGUCAUAUAUACAUGACUAUUUAUAUAUAGGUAACUUUAGUUUACUUAUACACAUGAAUAGAUAUAUAUUUAUAUAUACAUACGAAGUAUAUAAGAGCUCAUGCCUAUACAAUAUUCGGCUUUAUCAUCAAUUCAAACUACUACUAUAACUUUGACUAGAGAAAAUGGCGGGCAUGGAGGUGGAGGAAGUUGAACCCUUCCAUUGGUACAUCACUGACCGUGGAGUUAAGCUGUUUUUUCUCACAUUCUUUUUCUUCCUACUCUCAUUUUUCCUCCUCGUUUUCCUCUUCAUCCGCUUCAUUCGAAAGCAUGUUUUAUCUGCCGAUGACGAUGACGUCCCAGAGCUCACCACGACAAGAAGGCGACUUAACGUUAUUAUAAGACAUGAUGAUCACUCGAGUGGCGACAGAGUUACGGUUGCGGUGGAGGCUCCGCCGUCUCCGGCGUGGUCUGGCGUUGAUGUCGAGGUCAUCGAGAACCUGCCGGUCUUUACUCACGGGUUAUCGACGGCGGCUGAGGGUUUGGACGAUGAUAAGAGAAUGGGUCUCGGAGGAACCGAUGAGUGUAGUAUAUGUUUGGGAGCUUUUGAGGAUCAGGAGAUCAUUAAAGUGAUGCCGGAAUGUAUGCAUGUUUUCCAUUCUCAUUGUAUUGGUCGUUGGUUGAUUGCUCGGUCAACGUGCCCUCUUUGUAGGUCAUCUAUAGGGUGCAAUGCAUAUUAUUAAUUCAUCCACAUUGAAAAAGCAUCUUUUUUAUUUGAACUGAUUUCACUUAAAACAUCAUCAUAUCUUUUACUACGUAUAAAUUAAAGACAUGUACACGAUACAAAUUAUUUUCUUUAGUCUUAUACUCUUAUCUCCUGCUCUUAUUGCAAGUCAAUGUAUCUUGCAGUGCUUUGACUGAGCCAGUUUUUAUGUGGGAUUAGAGGUUGAGUCUUACACAGUCAAACCCGUUGACCCGGUCAAGUAGAAUUUAACUUCAUUGUACUACAUACUCGGUUCGAGCAUGAACAAAUUGAGUAAACACUAUAAAACAAUUACGG